UGACUUACGACAGCAGGAGAGAGAGACGGAGACGGGAACAGAGGGUACGAAAGAUACUUUCCGGUGAAAGAAAGGGUACUCUAGGCAAUAAACAGAAGCUGCCCCUGGUUUUUCACUGACGUGAAUGAUCAUUUCUUCUGAGCUUCAACAGAGAGAGAAAAAGAUAAGAGAGAGAGUCGGUCUUCUUUUGGAAUCAUGUAGAUGUGCUUGACCAAGUUUUUUUUUUUUUCAAAUAUACUUAAUACUUGUUCCAAAUAAGGAAAAGAGAGAGAGGGAGAGAGAGCAUGCAUAUAAAAGUACUGAGAGACUCUGCCAUGGAACUGCAAUGGCUGCUAAAACAGGGAGUGAACAGAGAGAUUCCAGAUAUAUUGGUGAUGAUGGUCGCAGAGUACCAUGAGAAGAUGAGGGGGAGAAAGGAAGGGAACAGUACCCAAAAUUUAAACUUACUCAGGUUUUCAAGGACCACCAUGAUGGAGAUAAAGAGAGAGAGAGUGAGAAACAAGGAAAAGAGAGAGAAAAGAGAAAACUGGGGAAAAAAGUGCUUUAAAUGGAUGGGCCAUACCCGGAGUGCUACUGUGCCUAAAUUGGAUUUUUAGGGGAUUGUGUUAUGUGGGUCAGGAGGAGAGGACCCCCUUCUUAUUAUAUAUCUCCGUGCCUCCUUUAAUUUUUUCAGAAUUGUGGGAGGAACGGGGAACAAAGAAAAAUAUUUCCUUUUUUGGUGGAUUUUAAAGGUAACCGGAUCCACUUCAAUUUGGUGCUCUUUCGCCUUCGACUCAGGCUGAUGCAUAUUCCUGGAAUUAUAAUUUCAGUGUCGGAAAAGUUGUAGUAAAAUCAUUCUGUAAAUUCCACCUAAAAUGGUUACGAACAGAAAUUUGUGAUUCUGAAAGUUUUAGUUUGUUCUACCUUAUUUGAUUCUAUAAAGGAGUCGUCUUAAACUAAUGAUGAUGGACAACGAUAUUUUCAGUGUUCCACUCCCCAGUCCUGCUGUGAAUUCCAUAGGAAUAGACUCAUCUGUAUCUCAUCUGUUCCCUGAUUCUCUUGAUCUGAUGGAUAGUAGCAGCAGAAGCUGCAUAACAGUUGGCUAUCCCAUUAUCCAAGAUGAGGUGGUAGAUGGCCUUCAUAGGCCUGAUCAUGGUUAUGUUGGCAAUGCAAACACAGGAAUUCCUAGGGACAUCCCCUUGGACAGAUUUGCACCCCAAGGUUUUGUUGCUAAUACUGAGAUACAGGAACAAUUCAUAAGGGCUCCAAUAUCAGUUCCAUCUCAAUUCAAUGUGUUCGCAGGCAAUGAUGAGCUGCGGGGACAUUUCCUGGGGUCUCCAAUGCACGUUCCUUCAGGAUCCCCUUUUGAGGAGUUAAAAGCUGUUGUUGCGCCUGUUGCUUCUAAUGUUUCAAAUGCUUUUAUGGCAGCUUCUGGUUACUAUGGUGUUGAAAGUUCAAAGUUUGACUGGAAUUCAAACAACUGCCAUAUGGAUCCAUACACAUACAGUAACCCUCGGAAGGAGCUGUCACUCAGUCUUGCCAUGUCCCAACCUUCUAUGGACCAUUCACCAACCAUUCUUGACCAACACUCCAGGCAUAGAUUCUCCACUGUUGAUCCAGCUAUACUUGGAGAUGCUGAAUAUGUAACAAAUAUUCCAAAUAAUGAGGUACAACAUUCUUCAUGUGUUACUCAGUUCUCAUCAGAGGAUGCAGGUAUGGUGAAGGGAUUGCAGUCUGAGCACUCUACUUCUAAUAUCGAGGAGUUCUACAAUGGUUAUUCUUCUGUUAGAACAGUUCGAUUCCCACAUGUUUUUCUUGGGUCGAAGUAUCUUCAAAUAGCACACCAGAUACUUUCAGAAGUUUUUCACAACUUUACUUCUGUACAGCAAGAUCUGUGCAAGAAUAGUUAUGGGGCUUUGUUUGAUGGGAUUGAUUCUCAGACCACUAUCUGUAAUUCAUCAUGUGGACCUGGUGAAAGGGAGAGUUUAAUAUUGGACACUGAGGAGUUUGCUGGUACAGCUGAGGAAACUCCGUGCUGUAGUCAGUGGAAAUCCUCUGUUCAAAGAUUGGAACCAGAAACAAAGACAGACCUUUUGGCUCUUCUACAAGAGGUUGAGCAUCGCCAUGACCAAUGCCAUGACCAGUUUGAGAUGGUAAUAUCAUCUUUCCAGGCUGCUACAGAAGUUGACCCUCCUCAAUUGCAUGCCCGUCUUGCUCUUCAAACAGUUUCUGGCCACUUCAAACGCCUGAGGAAGAAAAUAAUACAUCAGAUCCUUGCUUCUCAGAAGCAUCUGAGCUCUCCAAAGUUCAACGAAAAAGAUGAUUGCCUUGAUCCUGCAUCUAUCCAGAAACAGUGGACUUUGCAACGUCUGCGGAGAGCUGAGCAACUGCCAUGGCGACCACAGCGAGGGUUGCCUGAGAGAUCCGUUUCUGUUCUACGUGCAUGGCUAUUUGAAAACUUCCUCCACCCGUAUCCAAAAGAUGGACAGAAGUAUAUAUUGGCAAGGCAGAGUGGGUUAACAAAAAGCCAGGUAUCAAAUUGGUUUAUCAAUGCGAGAGUACGCAUUUGGAAGCCACUGAUUGAGGAAAUGUACAUGGAGAUCAAUAAGAAGGUCAAAGCAGGGAAGGAAAUCUUUGCAAGAAGUGCAGAAACAGAAGAUGGGGCAUCUGCCACCAGGAAAUCCUGAGUUCAGUUCCCAACCAUGUCUGAUAUUUUUCUUUCCUUUUUUUUUUCUUGAAAAAAUGUUCUUUAGUACAUAAAAAAAGGUGCUGUAAUAUUAAGUGGGCAUUUUCUAGUCUUCAUGCAUGUUAUUUCAUCGUGGCUAUCAAUGUAGUUUCUUCCAUUUUUAUGC